UUGCUAUUUUUAAAAACCAGUUUUUCCUAUGCUCUCUGUUCCCUUUCAGGACAAGCUGAGAACAGAAGCAGUUUUUUGGCGCCAAAUCUAUGACUCCACCUCCCGCAGUAGUUUCACUUUCGAACUGCCUCAGCUCCAGAAGUGGCAGCUCUGCAGGACCAGCGGCUGGUAGGGGUUGUUUUCCUGAUAGGCCCAAGCGGGCUCAUCAGGUGGAGACUCAGAGCAGAUAACUGGAAGUACAGAUACUCACCACCACAUCAGGCUGGGCUCUUCUAUAGCCACCAGUCACAUAGAGAGGCCUGCAACCUGUGGAGGCUAAUCCCAACCAGCUCCUGUUACAAAGGCUCAGGAGAGACGAUUUCUAUCCCUGUGGAAAUUCUGGGUACUCUUCUUCACCUCUAAAUCCAACAUUGGAGCUACUUUGGGGAAAGCUAUGGCCUUGGCUAUCAUCACCAAAAAGAUUAAAGAGAUCGCCACCUGCUCCAUCUGCCAGAACCUAAUGAUGAGCCCAGUGAGCAUCACCUGUGGACACAGCUUCUGCCAGAUGUGCUUGGAACAGCACCUUUACAGGGUGCAAUCCAGUCAGGGGCAGAAGAUGUUCCCCUGCCCUCUGUGUCAUGUUCCAUUCAAUAAAGACAGCUUCCGGGCCAACAGGCAUCUGGAGAGCAUUACUGAAGUCUUCGAGGAGAUGGACCAUGAUCUGGUGUGUGAGGCCCAUGGAGAGCAGCUCCUGCUCUUCUGUGAAGAUGACGGCCAGCUCAUCUGCUGGUGCUGUGAGCGGGGAUCACAGCACCAGGGACAUGCCAUGGCGCUGGUGGAGGACGUGUGCCAGGGCUACAAGGAAAAGCUCCAGAAAGCUGUGGCAAAACUGAGUGAACUCCAUACAGAAUGUAUGAAUCAGAAAUCAUUCAUGACAACACAGAUAAUUGAGUGGCAGGAUACAGUAGAGAUUCACAGACAAAAAAUCAAGUCUGAUUUUAAGAAUCUCCAUAGUUUUCUGCAUGAGGAGGAGAAAUCUUUUCUUUGGAGGCUGGAGAGGGAAGAAGAACAGAUGCUGGAAAAACUAAGGGAGGUUAAGGCGAAGCUGGAGCAGAAGGGUGAUGAACUUGAGGAUCAUAAGGUUGAGCUGGAGGCAAAAUGUCAGGGCUCAGACCAGAAUCUGCUACAGGAUGUAAAAGGCACCUUGAGCAGGGCUUGUGUUGUGAAGCUGGAAAUGCCUGAGGCCUUUUCCUUGUCGAUUAAGACUGUGUGUGAUGUUGCUAAGCUUUACUUGGAUGUGAAGAAAAUAUUAAGACGUCAUCAAGUCAUUGUGACUCUGGAUCCAGAUACAGCUCAUCUGGCCCUAACUCUAUCUCAAGAUCAGAGGCAAGUGUCUCGUGAAUGCAGCCAGCAGAAUCUUGAAGUUUCUUCCAGGAGAUUUACCACCUUCCCUUGUGUCCUGGGCUGUGAGGGCUUCACCUCAGGAAGACAUUACUUCGAAGUGGAUGUUGGAGAAGGCAGUGGCUGGGAUGUGGGAGUUUGUAUGGAAAAUGUGCAGAGAGGCCUUGGCAUGAAAAAGACACCUGAAUUUGGAUUCUGGGCCAUCCAGCUGUGCACAGAGAAUGGCUAUGUAGCACUGACCUCUCCCCCCACUGCCCUUGAGCUGCAUGAGCGGCCUCUGGUGGUGGGGGUUGUUCUGGGCUAUGAGGCUGGACCUGUGUCCUUUUACAACAUGACUGGUGGCUCCCACAUCUUCACCUUCCCCAGGGCUUCCUUCUCUGACACUCUGAGGCCCUUUUUCCAGGUUUAUCACCAUUCUCCUUUGCUCUUGUCUCCACGAGGGCAAAAAGAGGAUGCCCAAGCAGAGGAUUCCUGGAGUUCCUGCAGAGAGUCCCAUGACACGAAGUACUGGAGGUCAGGACAUCACCUGAAUCCCACUGCAGGACCCUGGGGACAGCGAAGGGUUUUCCCAGACCCCAGUGCUGGACAGGAUGACACUCUGGUGCCAUCCAAGCGCCAAAAGACCCUGCCUGCUGCCCCAGCCCUGCCUUGCUCAGACCACAUUGAGCCCUAAACCAGCCCUGUCCAUCUCUGUAGUCAUCAAGGUCCCUCACCCACAUACUGGUUGCUUCUUACAGUUACAGAGAGGCUGGCUGUACUUGGUGACCUUGACUCUUUCUCUGAUGGGUCUCUGUGAGGGGCUGAGGCCAGGGGACCAGGCUGGUGUCUCAUAGGAACAGGACCUUCCCGUAGAAGACUCUUAAGUAGGUGUCUUAGUUACUUUUCUCAUUGCUGAGACAAAAUACCAAUAUCCAAAGUUAAAGAAGGAGAAGUUUAUUUGGUGUACAGUUCAUAGAGGUUUCACUCCAUAUUGGCUGGCUCCAAGGAAGAGUGG